CACUAUUGAACAAACUUUCCUCAUUCCAAUCUCUAUAUAAAGGCCUCUCAACCUCUCUUCAUUUCAUUCAUCCCAUCCAUUCAACAAUUCUUCUUAAUUACACACACAUAUAUAUAGUGCUCAAUCAUAUACAUAUAUAUAUACCACCGCCCUAACUCCGGUACCGACGACUGAUCGAUCAGGUGGUUUUGGCCGGCCGCCGGUGAUCAAUCCAUAUAAAUACUAAAGGCCAUUUUCAAGUAGUAUCCAUCUAUAUAGCCAUGGCUCUCUUGGGUGGUCAUUUGGCUUUUAUGUUUGGAGUUCUUGGAAACAUAAUCUCAUUCAUAGUCUUCCUCUCUCCAUUGCCAACGUUCUAUCAAAUACGAAAGAAGAAAUCCGCGGAAGGGUACCAAUCGAUACCCUAUGUGAUCGCGUUAUUCAGCUCAGUUUUGUGGAUAUACUACGCGCUCCUCAAGUCGAACGCCACCCUUCUCAUAACCAUAAACUCCUUCGGAUGCUUCAUCGAAACUAUAUACGUCAGCUUCUACAUCUACUAUGCCACCAAGAAGGCGAGGGUGCAGACGGCGAAGAUGCUCAUUUUGACUGUGUUUGUGGGAUUUGGCGCAGUAGUCCUCGUUUCUCAGUUCCUCUUCAAAGGUGCUGUCCGUGCCCAAGUUGUCGGUUGGGUUUGCCUCGUUUUCUCCCUCUGUGUUUUCGUCGCCCCUCUAUGCAUUGUGAGGCAAGUGAUCAAGACCAAGAGCGUGGAGAACAUGCCAAUUUUGUUAUCGGUCUUCUUGACAUUCAGUGCUGUCAUCUGGUUCUUCUAUGGCUUGCUCUUAAAAGACGUAAACAUAGCGGUUCCGAACGUGUUGGGAUUCUUCUUCAGCAUCCUCCAAAUGGUGCUUUACAUGAUGUACAAAGAGAAGAAGAAAAGCAUUGAUGAUGGGAAGAAGCUUCCCGAGCAAGUAUUAGUACCACAGAAGGGACAGCCGCCUGUGGUACUAGUGCUAGAGUCUGACGGAAAAAUAACCGCUGCAGGAUCAGAGCUGAUCACACAGGAACAACUGGCCGACAUUGUCAAACUCGGAUCGCUCAUCCGCUCUGACAAGAUUCGUUUUGAAACGAUCAAUGAGCAGUCAGCGGCGGAGGUGCAGAUUGCCAUUCCCGCCGCUAGCUGCGUCGCGGUCAACUGAACCCUAGUGAAAUUCACAUACGUACUUACAUAUUUUACGUCAAAUGCAUGCGUGCAUGCAUGCAGAUUUCUUUUAUGUAUGUUGGUCUCAUUUUUAUGAAAAACUAGCCAGGAUAUAUAUAGCCAGCUAGUUUAUUUAAAUACGGAGUAUAUUUGUGUUUAUUUUAAUUUCAUGUUACUUCUUCAAUAUAUCUUUCGAGUUUAAUUAAUGAAGAUUUAUAUAUUACUUUGUGUCCAAAUUGAAUUUAAGCCGGCCACCUGCUAUUUAAUUUCUUGCUUAUUUCUCUCCUUACAAUAAACUAUCAAGUCCCAG